AUGCCAACAGUGGUGGUAAUGGACGUAUCCCUUUCCAUGACCCGACCUGUGUCUAUUGAGGGGUCUGAAGAAUAUCAACGCAAGCACCUAGCCGCCCAUGGUUUGACGAUGCUGUUUGAGCACAUGGCCACAAAUUAUAAGCUCGAGUUUACAGCCCUGGUGGUUUUUUCAUCACUCUGGGAGCUGAUGGUUCCCUUCACAAGAGAUUACAACACACUUCAGGAAGCCCUAAGUAAUAUGGAUGAUUAUGAUAAAACCUGCUUGGAAUCUGCAUUAGUUGGUGUUUGCAAUAUUGUUCAGCAAGAAUGGGGUGGUGCAAUUCCUUGCCAGGUUGUUCUGGUGACAGAUGGCUGUCUUGGCAUUGGUAGAGGGUCACUGCGGCAUUCCCUAGCUACUCACAGUCAACGAAGCGAGAGCAACAGGUUUCCACUACCUUUUCCUUUCCCAUCUAAGUUAUACAUCAUGUGCAUGGCAAAUUUGGAGGAGCUUCAGAGUACUGAUUCUUUGGAUUGCCUUGAACGUCUCAUAGAUUUAAACAAUGGUGAAGGGCAGAUUUUUACUAUUGAUGGCCCCCUGUGCUUGAAAAAUGUACAGUCUAUGUUUGGAAAACUAAUAGAUCUAGCAUAUACGCCUUUCCAUGCUGUUCUCAAGUGCGGCCAUCUAACUGCUGAUGUGCAAGUCUUCCCCAGACCAGAGCCUUUUGUUGUAGAUGAGGAAAUCGAUCCCAUUCCUAAAGUCAUCAACACAGAUUUGGAAAUAGUGGGAUUUAUUGAUAUAGCUGAUAUUUCUAGUCCCCCAGUUCUGUCCAGACAUCUGGUCCUACCAAUAGCACUUAACAAAGAAGGUGAUGAGGUGGGUACUGGAAUAACUGAUGACAAUGAAGAUGAAAACUCAGCCAAUCAGAUUGCAGGCAAAAUACCCAACUUUUGUGUCCUGCUCCAUGGCAGCCUAAAAGUGGAAGGAAUGGUGGCAAUAGUUCAAUUAGGUCCUGAAUGGCAUGGAAUGCUCUACUCCCAAGCUGACAGCAAGAAGAAAUCAAACCUCAUGAUGUCUCUCUUUGAGCCUGGCCCAGAACCUCUCCCAUGGCUAGGGAAAAUGGCACAGUUGGGUCCUAUUUCAGAUGCUAAAGAAAACCCUUAUGGUGAAGAUGACAAUAAGAGUCCAUUCCCCCUGCAGCCCAAAAACAAACGCAGUUAUGCCCAGAAUGUGACUGUCUGGAUCAAACCCAGUGGCCUACAGACAGACGUACAGAAGAUUUUAAGAAAUGCAAGGAAACUACCUGAAAAAACACAGACAUUCUAUAAGGAGCUAAACCGUUUACGAAAGGCCGCCCUGGCAUUUGGUUUCCUGGACCUGCUCAAAGGGGUGGCUGACAUGCUGGAAAGGGAGUGCACACUGCUGCCCGACACAGCGCACCCAGACGCUGCAUUCCAGUUGACCCAUGCUGCCCAGCAACUCAAGCUCGCCAGUACCGGCACCUCCGAGUAUGCUGGGUAUGAGCACAACAUCACACCUUUGCACACAGACUUCUCCGGAAGCAGCACCGAAAGAAUGUAA